GUCCUAAAACACGCACAAGAGAUGCAGUAACUCCUUCCUUUUACCUUGCCUGGAUUUUGCAAAGACAAAUGGAAGAAGAGGUAGAACUAGUGGACGAACUCUAUUUGGUGGAAAGACAGGUGUUCUCUGAAGACUCCUUUUCACAAGAACACAAAAGGAAUGACAGGAUACACAAGGAUCUACUAUAUCAUAUUAAGAAAUACUUCACGUGUGAUUCAAAACGUGUAAAGAAUGCAGCAUUAUCUUUGCUCCCCAUCAUUGGGUGGAUGAAAAUAUACAGAUUUAAACAGUGGCUGCCAAGUGACAUAAUAUCUGGAGUCAGCACAGGACUCGUGGCUGUACUGCAAGGACUUGCAUUUUCCUUGCUGGCUAACUUACUACCAGGAUAUGGAUUGUACUCUGCAUUUUUUCCUGUAUUGACCUACUUCUUCUUGGGCACAUCCAGACACCUGUCAGUAGGUCCUUUUCCCGUUUUGAGUCUGAUGAUUGGUAGUGUUGUGGACAGAUUGGUAACUAAUGAUAACUCCAAGCGUGUGUACAUUACUGGAUUUGAGGAGCUGACCAAGGAACAACAGAGGGUUGUAGUCGCCUCUUCUGUCACAUUUCUUAUGGGCAUUUUCCAGCUUGCCAUGGGGUUGCUGCAGGUGGGCUUCAUAGUCAUUUACCUGUCUGAUACUCUGGUAUCCGGGUUCACUACUGCUGCUGCAGUUCACAUCCUGGUAUCACAGCUCAAGUUUGUGCUUGGGUUGGAUGUACUAGGCAAAACUGGAGCAUUCAACAUUUUCUUUACUUUGGAGAAAGUUUUUACACAGCUCUAUAAGACAAAUAUAGCUGAUUUGUUGACCUCCAUUAUAAUCAUGGCAGCGGUGUAUAUAGUAAAGGAGGUCAACGACAAAUUCAAGCUACUUGUGCCCAUUCCAAUUGAACUCAUCGUGACCAUCAUUGCUUGUGGAUUCUCUUAUGGAUUUAAUUUUGAAGAAAAAUUUAAUGUGACUGUUAUUGGAAACAUGGUGAAUGGAUAUGAAGCGCCAUUUGCUCCAAAUGUGGAAGUGAUGAAACAAGGUGCAGUAGAUGCUUUCGUUAUAGCUAUAGUGGGCUUUGCUGUGGCCUUCUCUGUGGCUAAAGUCUAUUCUGUCAAGCAUGACUACGUUGUUGAUGGAAAUCAGGAGCUCAUUGCUUUUGGAGUAAGUAAUAUAUUUGGAGCAGCUUUUCGAUCCUUUGCAGCUAGCACUGCACUUUCCAGGACAGCAGUACAAGAAAGCACAGGGGGGAAAACACAGAUAGCAGGUCUAAUCUCAGCAAUUAUAGUACUGAUCGUCACAGUUGGAAUAGGAUUCCUGCUUGAGCCACUGCCCAGGUCUGUUUUGGGAGCUCUUGUCGUUGUGAAUCUGAAAGGCAUGCUGUUGCAGUUCAGAGAGCUCCCGUACCUUUGGAAGAGGGACAAAGCUGAUUUUGUUAUCUGGGUUGUGACAUGUGCAGCCUCCAUUAUUCUGAGCCUGGACCUGGGACUAGCUGUGGGUCUCGGUGUGGAACUGCUCACAGUCGUCUUCCGUACUCAGUUUCCACGUUGCUCUGUACUGGCCAACAUUAGAGGCACUGAUAUCUACAGAGACCGCAAAGACUACAUCUCUAUUUAUGAACCUGGUGGAGUUAAAAUAUUCAGAAUCCCCUCACCAAUAUUUUUUGCAAACAUCGAGUUCUUCAGGGAUAAACUAGUGCAAGCUGUGGGAUUCAGUCCACUUAGAGUUUUGAGAAAGAGGAACAAGGCACUGCAAAAGAUCAGAAAAAUGAUAAAAAAUGGGGAGUUACACAUAUCACCUAGAGGCUUUGAGUCCAUAGGUUACUCAACUAAUGAGAUGUCAGAGGAUGAGAGCAACAUGGAGGACUUAGAUCAGCCAAUAGACUUCUCAGACCUUCCUAUUCAGGUGAACUGGAGAGCAGAGCUUCCUGCCAACAUAUCUGUUCCUCAAGUGGACAUCCACAGUCUCAUCUUGGACUUCUCUGCUGUCUCCUUCCUUGAUAUCUCAGCACUCAAAGGCCUUAAAAUGAUAUUAAAGGAAUUCAUUCGAGUGGAUGUGGAAAUCUACAUUGUUGCAUGUGAUGUGUAUAUCUUGGAGAAACUGCACAAUUGCAUGUUUUUUGACGAUGAAAUCAAGACGUCCAUGUUCUUUCCCACUCUUCAUGAUGCCAUGUUGCACAUUUUGAAGAAGUACCCAGAUAAUUCAAAGGGCAAUGUACAGGAGACAUGCUUCAAAGAGUCAUACGGCCAGACUAAUGGAUUAUACCGGAGGAGAACUGAAGAUUUGUUUAUUACAAGUCUAUAGAUCUUUUAUAUCAGCAAAAACACAGAACACACAAUGCAUACAUGUCAUAAAAUUGUAUCACCUCAGAUGUUUAUUACUAAGCUGUGAGUUAGGUGUCUGUCACCACCAAAUACAAAUACUAAAAGAGCCCCACAUAUAUAACACAAAAGUAGGACUAUUAUGCCAUUAAUAGACACAGCACUGUGAAAACCUUUACCUGAUGUACACAAUAGUGAUGGGAAUUCCAACUCUUUUUGUAGUGAGUCACAUGGCUCAGCAAUAAGAGCCGAUGCUUUCAGCUGCAAAAUGGCACCUUCACAGUUUUGCAUAUUUAUUGCUUAAAUCAUUAUUUGUAGUCUAAUAGUUUAAGAUUAGUCUAACAGUUUAAGUUUAGUCUUAACAUAAAACCAGCAAUGUGCUACAUAUUAGGUGCAACAGUGUGCUGAUGUAACUGCACUUAAUAUGACUCAAUAUAAGUGAUGAAAGGCAUUUGAGUCAUGCAUGCAGAGUGCUGAGGAAUUUUCAGAUUAUGGCUAUUCAGAUAUCUGCUUGAAAAUGACAGAUCACUAGAACACAAUUUUUCUGUUCUUGCUUGCUUUUAUAUUUUUACUGAAUUUUAAUAAAUGUUAAUUCAAAAUUC